UUUUGCUUAUUUUCAUUGAUUUUUUUUAUAUUUUUUUUCUAAAAUCUGGCAAAAAAUUGAUAGUUAUAUUCAUUUUGUUGAUUGUGAAUUAUCGUUUCCCAAAAAUGGUUUGGGUUUAUGGGUCGAAGAAAGGGAUUUCCCCAAAUAAAAACACUCAUAGUAAAAACGAAAUUCCAAUAUCGACAGACGUCUCUUCGACCAAUCAACUGACAGAUGAAAUGGAAGGACUGUGGAAGCUGGAGAUCACGUUGAAGCAGCAGGGACAUCACGUGACUAAAUCACGGCCUCGUUCCUUUCACAUCGAGAGCGUUACCGUAUCUUCAACACCCCACAAAACUUGCAGUCCAAAUGAAUUGUUCAGUCAAGUUUCCGGGAGGUCAAGGCGUCACAGGACCAAAAAGGACACCAAAAAUGAAACCUUCACCAUCACGCUAAAAAGUCCCAUGACACCUGGGCGUGUUGUCGAAGACAGUCAAAAUAAAAAAGCGGAGUCAGUCGAGUUUUCUGACGAUCUAGAUGACAUGCCCUACUGGAGCUCCUCGGAUGAUGAUGUGGAAGAAAUUCCUGAAACAAACAGCCGAGGUCGGCAAUGCAGAUCAUCGCUCAGCUCACAACAUUCUCCAGAACUUGAUGUUGGAAAUACAGAAACGCCGAAAAACAGCAAUAAACCAUCCAUCAGAAGUUCUCCGAUCGACUUGAAAUCUUCAGGGGUUUUGAGUCCCACAGGAAGAUCUCAACAUAGUCCUAGCAAACUCAGAAACUCAAAAACUUUAUCUUUGUCGAGAAAAACUUCCCCUCACUCGUCAGAUAAAACGAAUCAAGAGCUAUUAUGUCGGCGAAAAACUUCGAACGCGGAUGGUCCAACUCUUCUUACAUGCACGUCUCCUGUUGUCAGAAACAGACCAAAUCAGACAACUUCUGCCAAUACAUUAGAGCAAAAUCCGAAGACGAGGUUACUUAAGGAGAGAGGAAGGAAAAAUAAGGAGCGAGAAAGCUUUUUGCUUUCGAGUGCAAGGUACUCACAGCGAAGCUGUUUAUGUUCACUGCGACAUAGACACUUAGAAAGCGCCAAUAGUUUUUGCGAAAAACGGAAACAGGGAAAAAAUAAAUGCAAACCAACGCGAGAUAACGAAGAACUGAACAAUUACAACUACACAGAAAAUAACGGGAGUGAAACGCGGCUCAAAAGUCGACCGCAAAGUUCCAAAAGUCACGAGAAAAUUACUGGAAUCGGCUCUGAAGAGUGCAAAAAAAAUGCAUGGCUAUCUACACAUAGCGAUGCAGAAAUUGCCAGUCUCAAUGCCAAAAAUAUUAAUCGGGAACCUUUAAAGCGGUCUGCCGAGUCAAGCCGGAAGCAAAACAAAAUAAGUGUCACGAAGACGAAUGUAUCUUUCAACUCGUCCAAAAACCGAAUGCGUCAUCCGAAGCAUUCGUCUGGAGAAAUGAACUUCUGCCACCCCGAAGGGCGAAGCUUCUACGAUUUCUUGUACAACCCGAACUACACCAGAACUCUCCAGCCGAAUGUUACGAAAGGCACGAAAUAUGGAGCUCCUCGAUUGUCGGUGCCUCGGACGAAGUCGUGUGAUCUGUUACCGAGAAGUACUGAACACACGACACGAGCGAAGUGUCCAAAAGACAUCAAAGGAAGCAACUCUACAUUUAUUACGCAGCCAUGGAAAGCAUAAAAGUGGAAAUUUGGCAAUCAGAACACAAAAAAUUAGUGAGCAAUAUUUGAUAGAUUAGUCAUAUUUAUAUAUAACCUAAA